AUGGAUUCCAGCGCAUCCACCGAACCGACUGGUUCGACCAUCAAGCAGAAGGGGAGGAAAAAGUGGCCAGUAGACCGGAAUAGCUUGCUCGACUGGAUCAUCUCCAAUCGCGCGACUCCCUCUCAGCACCUGAUCGAAGUCCUUACCAAUACUCCUCAAGACAUCCUGUCCUGUCUACCACUGGAAGCUGGCACAGACCCAUUGGACGAAAUCAUCCAGCCGCACUUGUACCCUCUCGCCUACUUUCAUAUCCUCAUCUGUCGGUUCGAAACCUGUCACAAUAAAAUCGAUGCCCACAGAACUUUGUCGCAUGCGCAUCAAUUUUGUUCGGCCGUCGAUCGGAAACAACUUCAUAUAAUUUCUCCUACUAAUUCAGAGCUUUGUCUGUUUGUUCAGCAUCUUGUCCGUUGGUCAUCCCACGCCGGCCAACUACAAAGCUCUAUCGAACCUAUUCGAAAGCUCAUCGAAGCUUACGGUCCACUCGACAUCCUCACCCCUCUUCACCAUGAAUUGCUCAGGAUAUCUUUAAAGGCGCGCUCGAUCGAUCGGGCAGUCGAGCUCACCAACUUGGAAAUCGACAUAGACCAGCAGAGAUAUCCUAUCCGAUAUCAUGACCAUUUGAUCUACCAUUACCUCGCAGGAACCGUUCAAGCCUUGGUCAAAAAUUAUCCAAGAGCAAUACAUCUUCUCACGAUCACAGUUUCUGCCCCAGGAUCGGCCAUUUCUCAAAUUCAAAUAGACGCGUACAAGAAGCUGAUACUCGUCUCACUGCUCUCGAACUCUUCACCGCCCACACUACCUCCCUACAUACAUCCUCAAUUGAAACCGGCUUUCAAAAGCUCCACCAAUAACAAAUCUUAUCUGGAGUUUAUGAGCUUAUACGAGAAUGCCGAGACUAGCAGUGAUGCAUACACCCAACUGGUCUCCGUGGCCGAGAAGAACAUUGCUCAUUUUCAAAAGGACAAUAACUUGGGAUUGAUUAAACUGUGUCUCGAAAAUCUACCUCAAAAGGCGAUCAAGAAACUAAUCCCAAUUUACACAUCGAUUCCGAUUGCAAAUGUUGAGUUGAUCUUGGGACAUCUAACCGGAGGCAAUGCCAGCGUCUUAGUCCAAUCGAUGAUCGACUCGGGAGAGCUGAAUGCCCAAAUGGAUCCAACGACCAAUGUAGUGACUUUUUACGACGAUGAACCGGCUCUCGAAGAUCCAGAACGUACCCAUGAGAUGCUGAAGAGGAUCGUCGAGCAGGUCCAAUCAACCGAGCAAUCAAUCAAGGAGAAAUCGGCGGCGAUCGAACAAGACAAGGAUCCGUCGUGGGGUGUCGGAGAAGAAAAGUCAAGAUCCUGA